AUGAGCUCGUCAGGGAUCAUCGUAGAGCGGGGGGCCUCGUACCCUGAAGCGCAAUCGAUGGACAACGAGAUGCUGGCGCAACAUGAAGAAUGCGAGGAGUCGCCCCAGGAUCCUCAGGCGACAAAGGCAGCGAUACCGUACUGUGAGUCGACGGCCGAAGAGGAGGCCCACUCCCAGGGACACGAAGAGAAGGAAAGCAGCGAAGAGAAGGAAAGCAGCGAAGAGGAAGAAAGCAGCGAAGAGGAACUUGGUGGUACGUACAAACCGACCGACAUAUCAGCUGACCGCUACUCUAAGGAGCUGGAGUUGGGGAAAGUGGUGGCGGCGGCUUGCUCGGCCAACGAAGAACUCGAAGAAGUGAAACGGCUCAAAGUUACAGGAGCAGCGUCGCACGCUGAGGCGGCCCCUCCGGAGGUCGCCAAGACGGCGCGCCCUUGCGAGGUCAGCAAGCCCAAUAAGGUGAAGAAAUCUGGGAAUCACGCGAAGAAGGCGAAGACAGCAGGGCCACCGGCAGCACCGCGGAAGAAAAGGCUCGCUUGCAAAGUUAGCAUCGACAACGUGGAGCAUCGACCUCCUGUCCCGGAGGGUGUAAACACGCCGCGCAGCGUGGCACUGUGCAGGGAGUACGGCGUGAAGCCUUGCGAGCUGGCUCCGUACGACAAGUCGCACUUCACAGGUUCCGGCGUGUCGGACGAGGUGGCGGAACUUCGCUACCAGAGUUACGAGAAGCGCCGCUGUGCCCGUAUGGCGCAACUGGUGCCAGCCUACAGGAGAAAGAUAACACCUGGCUCGGAUUCCGUUCCUGUCCCCGACGCCAAGCGCCAUCCACGGAGUGCCGAGGAGAUUUCUACGCAGUCCACCGCCACGGAGAAGGCUGCCGCCCAUCAGUGGAAACCGAUGGACGAGGACGCGGCGAUGCAGCGCCAGUUCGAGACACAGCACCAGCGUCUGCUGGAGCAGGAGCGCUGCAAGACGGUGACGUCGGGAUAUGAUAGCGAUGGCCAUCGCCGCAGCAGCCACCCGCGCGCUGGUCAGAGCUACGGCGCGUCAGUGCUCUCUGCCGGGUCGGCCAGGUCGCCCGGGCGCUACUCAGUGGGCAUGUCCGUCAGCGCCAGGCCCACCGUCGAUCUGCCGUAUAGCGCUACGAAAAUCUAUAGCGCGAGCAUUGCGGAGAGCCGCCCAUUGACACACAGCGAGGUGUUUAUGAUUGAUGAGAUCAACGAGCGUGAAGCUCACCGCAACUACACGCAGGAACGCGCCUUCGUCAUCCAGGAGAACACGCAGCUUAUGCAUGUCGAGCGUGAGCUGAUGCGUGCGCAGCGCUCCUGUGUGUCCGUGCGGAAGAGGGCGGAGGAGCGGAGGAAGAUGCAGGAGGAAAUGCGCAAGCGCACCCUGGCACGCCAGAAGGAGGCAGCGGCACGCCGCGAGCGGCUGGUGAUGGAGCGCCAGAUGCGUGUCAAGGAGAAUAUCGCCGAGAAGGAGAGUCGCAUCCAUGCUACGAACCCGUACAUCGCGUUCAUGUCGCGUCAAAUGAGCAGCUUCUCCACACGCCGGAACUCUAGCAAUUCCCCGCUCCAGGGUGCAAGUACGAGCAAUUCACAGGAGCAGUCUGCAGAGACGGAGAAGGAGGCAACCAUGGGACUGCUGUGA